UAAAAUCUGCACAUGACAUUAUCGAUUUAUUGUUUAUUAAGUCAAAUACACGCUUAUCGAAAACUAUUUAAACGCCCGCGCGAAUGAGAUAUUCAGUUCAUUUCAAACCGUUUACAAGAUGGACUGCGGUUGUAGUACUCCAGCCACUUACGGCCCGUAUUUGAGCAACAAUUGCGGGGCGGGCAGUUUCGUCGUGUUCAUGUCCCUGGUGGACGCCAUCAUCAGGAACACCUGCGACGUAUCGGCCGUCUGCGAUAGAGUGAAGCCUAAAUCGCACCCGGACAGCGCCUACGACUACAUCGUAAUCGGAGGUGGUAGUGGAGGAUCCGCCGUCGGUGGAAGAUUAGCCGAAGAUAAGGAACACACCACGUUGUUGUUGGAAGCUGGAAGCGAUGAGCCUGAAGCCUACCAAGUGCCCGGAUUCAUUAUGGCGUUUUUCCCACAGAUGGAUUACGCUUACAAGACCACCGACGAGCCUGUGGCUUGUCAAGGACGAGGCGGUAGCUGUUUCUGGGCGAGAGCUAAAAUGCUAGGAGGAAACUCGGUGAUCAACGGAAUGAUGUUCACUAGAGGAACCCCGGCAGAUUUCGACAAAAGAUGGCACGGAGCCGGCAUCAAAGGCUGGUCCUGGAACGAGGUGUUGCCUUUCUUCAAGAGAUCCGAAGGAAAUUUGCAGUACAACAAAUACGAUCAUAAAUACCACGGCAAAAACGGUCCGAUGACAGUAUCAGAUCACUACUACGUUCCCGAAUUGGCGAACGCCCUCCUCCAAGGAGCUGCCGAAGCAAACUACACCAUUUCCACCGACUUGAACGGCGCGAAAGUCGACGGUUUCGCAAUUCCCCAAUCCUACAUCAAAGACGGCGCCAGAGUGAGCAUGGCCAAGGCCUACCUGAGACCGCACCGCAAGAGCCAAAACCUGCACGUCAUGCUCAACUCCACCGUCACCAAGAUCCUCAUCGACGACAAGAAGGUCGCCUACGGCGUGGAGUUCGUCUACAACGGCAAAAAGUACACGGUGAAGGCCAGAAGGGAGGUCGUCCUGGCCGGCGGCGCCGUCAACUCGCCGCAUCUGCUCAUGCACUCCGGCGUCGGGCCCAAGGAGGUGCUCGCCCAGGCUGGCAUCCCUCUGGUGCACGAUCUGCCGGGCGUCGGGCGCAAUCUCACCAACCACGUGGCCUACGAGAUGCCCUACGAGGUGCAGGCCCUGCCCGAUCUCUACGACACCGUCACCUACGACAGCUUGAACCAAUAUUUGAACGACAGAACCGGCCCUCUGGCCAGUCCAGGUGUUCCCGUCACCGCCAGGCUCUACUCGAGCGUUGGAGUUAAAGGCGAUCCGGACAUCCAGUUGUUCUUCCAAAUGACCAGCCACGAGUGCUCGCCCGCCGGCGAGGCCGGCUUGCCUUUCAACGCCAACAAACCCAACGCCUCCAAAGUGCUCAAGAUAUCGGCGGUGUGUUUGCACCCGAAGAGCCGCGGUCGGCUCAUCGUCAACUCCAGCGAUCCGUUGGAUCGACCGAUCAUCUACGGAAACUACCUCACCGUCAAGGACGACGAGGAUCGCCUCAUCGACGGUAUCAGAUUGGUGCAGAGGCUCGUAUCCAGCCCGACGUUGACCAAGAAAUGGGGCUUCAAGCUCCAGAGGACUCCCAUCGGCGAUUGCGAUAGCAAACACAAGUUCGACACCGACGAUUACUGGCGAUGCGCGGUACGAUACAACACGAACCCGGAGCACCACCAGGCCAGUACGCUGAAGAUGGGCGAUCCGGACGACAAAUGGACGGUGCUCACCGAUAGACUGGAAGUGAGAGGCAUCCAAAACCUGAGGGUGGCCGACGCGUCGGCCAUGCCGGUCACCACAUCGUCCAACACCAACGCCCCGAUCGUGAUGGUGGCCGAGCGGGCGGCGGAUUUCAUCCGAAGGAGAUGGGCUUGAUCGGUUGUUGUGUUGAGUGUAGAAAUCUAAUAAAAAAAAGGGAUUG